UGAUGAGGGGAGUGGAACCUCAACCCAGCACGUUAUCAUGAUAGAGUCUGCAGAUGCAGAGGCUGCAGGUCCUGGGGUUAAGCAGGAGAGGUCUGAAGGAAAUGAGCUACAACACAGCAGAGACAUCCAGACUGGAGCAGCGGCUGGAGUAGCACCCCCUGUAGCCACGGAGGACUCUACCACCGCCCCAGCGCAGCCCAGGACGCGACGCAGCAUCACGGAGGUCAGUGGAAUGCUGAACGCCGUCUUCAAGUCAGAGACCGACACAGAGACUUUAACUGUAACACAAAGGCUUUUGCACACAGGAUCUGACCACAGAUCAGACCCAGAGAGACUGGGGCCACUGGGCUGUACUGCUCCCGGCUCAGAGUAUUUACUUUACGGUAACCACUCAGGUGACGUGUUAGAGACUGGCAAUGAUCCGUCUUGUUCUUACGCUACAGGGAUGGACCCUGGCAACAUGCCCUUAGGUUUAGAGACACACACUGAUCUGUCUAGAGAGGACUGGAACCAGUACAGUAGUAGUGUAUACUCUGAAGGGUGCGUAAAGGGUCUGGUUGUAGAUAAAGUGACUGUGAAAGUGGAGGGCGAUGUUCCUCCCACAUGGAAUGCAGAUAGUCACCUAGGAGACGGACACUCACAGGGCAGAGAUUUCUUAGAUAACAGGGAAAGCUUAGAGACAAAUCCAAAUGUCGUGACUCACUCCCCUUUACACGCAUUCAGCGGUCACGACCCAGUGUCCACAUCGAUGGGGCCUUCCGAUUCAAACAACCGUGUCCGUUUCGAUCAGAUAUUGAACUCAAACGACAGGGCUAGAGCCCAGGCUCCGGGAGGGGGAGCAACAUCAGGCAAUAGUAAAGAUAAACGGUUCCUCUACAAGUUCUGUAACAAAGACUUCAGCUGCACCCAGAAGUCAGAGAUCCAUCAGAGGGUCCACACAGAGGAGAAGUCUUUCAUCUGUACCCAGUGUCACAUGCGCUUCGCCCAAGCUGGCACCCUGAAGAGACACCAGAGGGUCCACACAGGGGAGAAACCCUUCAAAUGUACCCAGUGUCACAUGCGCUUCGCCCAGGCUGGUGACCUGAAGAGGCACCAGAGGGUCCACACAGGGGAGAAACCCUUUAGGUGCCCCCAGUGUGAGAAGAGGUUCUCCCGCCAGGACCAGCUGAAGAUGCACCUGAAGAUCCACAUGGAAGAAAGGCCGUUUGCAUAGCUACCUCAGGGUACACCGGCAGAAAAAACAUUCCACUCUAUAACAUAGAACAGGGGUAGGCAACCCUGGUCCUGGAGUGCUACAGGCACUUAAUUUUUUGAUUUAACUGACCUUGAAGACCAGGUGUGUUGAAUUUAGGCAGUCACUGAACUGAUCAAUUAGCUUAGUUGGUCAGGUGUGGUGCCUAGUUGUAACAACCCUGACAAAGAUCAUAACCAUUUCUACUUGAUACUGUAGCUUCUGACGUUUAGAUCAAAACCUGCAUUAAAGAUAAAGCUGAAUUUUCAUUGUUGUCAACAGAACAUAUCCACAGAUGCAUUUGGAAUAACAAGACUAACAGAUGUUACUGUUGAAUAUUCCUUAGUAGAAUAUUGCAUCCAAACAUUGUGUGAUUUCUAAGGCAUAUAUAAGCCUUAAAAGUCCGUUACAUGUUGUGUUUGUACUGUGUAUGAUGUUUCAUUACUUCCAUUUAACUAUUUCUAUUUUUUUCCCAAGACACUUUUAAUGAGAAAAUUCAUGUUGAUUUUUUUGUUGAGACGUGUAUGUGUGGUUUUCAUAUGGUGCAUUUAACACUUGUUUAUGUUUAGCCCUUUAGACUCGUACCUGUAUACGGGUUGAAAGUGGCAGAUUUGGGCACUGAUAAGCACCUAAAUUGUAACGACAGUGGCUGUACAGUAACAUGCUAUAAAUGACGUCAGUGCUCAGGCUCUGUAUGGGUUUUGACUGACAGCUGUUCUGAACUUGAGCACAACACGUGACAAGUUGCACCCAUCCCUCCCACUAAUUGGGAAACUUUUUGUUGUCUGAAUGAAGGAAAUGCAGUGAAUUAAGAGGACUGUAUGUAUUUUGAAAGAUGAGAUGUUAAGGAUUAUAAUAAAUACAGCUUUGACGUCAUACAAGCAAGCCAAACACUCAUAAGUCCAAAUGUGCA